AUGGAGGGCGUCGCCGCCGCUCCACGCCACGCCACCACCCCCUCGCCAAUUGCAGGCAGAGGGGGCGGGCCUGGUCAGCUCUGGGCUGUCGGAGCCAGGCUGGGGAGCCCGGUGUCCCUCCCCCGCGCGGGUCUCCCUCCCACCCCCGCCAUCACUCACCUGCCGCCGGGGCCGCGUGCGGCGCGCUGGCCCUGCGCCGCUCGGGAGCCCGGAGCGCGGAGCGGUGGCGGCGAUCGGAGCCCGGGGCGAGCCUUGCCCGCGGGAUGGAGGCGCGGGGAGGCGGUGCAGGGUGGGGGCGCGGGGCCCGCCUGCGGCUGCAAGGGGAUCCGCCGCUGCCUGCUCUGCCAGGGGCCCGCGCCGGCCGCUCCGCCCCCGCAGAAACAGGGUAACUUCACUUAUUGUCCAGCAGCAGGUUUAGCAGUAGGAAAUGAAUGCUCAGAGUUUGCUGGCUGGGCAUUUCCAUUUCCAGGAGUGUUCUUGCUGGAGGAGUUUAUAAACCCAGAUGAGGAAUCUCAGAUGGUUCAGCUGAUGGAUCAAGAUGACUGGAAACUAUCACAGUCUGGCCGAAGGAAGCAGGACUAUGGGCCCAAAGUGAACUUCAAGAAAAAGAAGCUGAAAGUUGAUGGUUUCAUUGGCUUGCCCAGUUUUAGCCAGGAGAUUGUGCAGCGAAUGAAGGCUCAUUCUGCGCUAGAGAAUUUCUUUCCUGUUGAGCAGUGUAACCUGGACUAUCUACCUGAAAGAGGGUCUGCCAUUGACCCACACUUUGAUGACUGGUGGCUUUGGGGGGAGCGACUGGUUAGCUUAAAUUUGCUCUCAAAAACUGUGCUGUCCAUGUCUUGUGAUUCGGAGGACAGUCUCCAGUUAUUUGCCACUCUCAGUCAAGGAAGCGGGGAAUCAAAUCACUCUGCUUCACUUCAAGCUUGUCAGACCCAUAAACCAAACAGCCACACUCCCACAUCAGCAUGUGAAAAUUUAGACAGUUGGGAUAUUGACCACUCAUCUCCCCCAAGACUUAUUCCAUACAAAGAAGUUACUGUAGACAUUCUCUUACCUAGGAGAUCACUGAUUGUGCUGUAUGGAGAUGCACGCUAUAAGUGGAAACAUGCAAUUUACCGCAAGCACAUUGAGCAUCGCCGGAUCUGUGUCACCUUCAGGGAGCUGUCUGCAGAAUUCACUUUGGGAGGAAAGCAGGAAAAACUGGGUAAAGAGCUCCUCGAAAUAGCCCUGACAUUUCAAGGAAAACCAGUGUGAACAGGGGAAGAAAAUCGGAAUUAUGACUUGUUUUCGAUAUUUGAAAAUUAAAGCUCAGAUUUUUUGCAAUUUAUCACUGUCUUAUUUGGAGAUUGUUUAAGGGCCAUUAUCUGACCAAAUUAUGCAAAAAAUACAAAAAGCUAGAUCUCAUGGAAAUGUUAUAACAUUGCAGCAGAUUCAAGGUGCUUGCUUAUUUUUAAAUAAGCCUUCCCUUGGGUAUCAAAACCCAAAGCCAUUGUAGCAUUAGCUGCUGGAUGAGAAUCAGGAACUGGCUACUGUACUUUUGUCUUUACUGUAAUGAAAUGCAAAGUAGUAAACAAACCACUUUAAAAUAAUCACUUGAAGCUAAGGUGUAAACCAGGAAGGAAACUUGGUUUGUAAGUGACUUUCAAUUCGACAGUCUGUAUAGUCUAAACAUUAUUGUAAAUUGAUCUAAGUUGAUUCUGAUGUUUCAAAUUACUGCAAGCAGAAAAGGGCCUUGUUCUUUAAGUAUUUGGGAUCAUCUUACUGCAUGGACUUUUCUUUAGGGCUCUAUUUUAAGAAUCCAGGUGCUCUGCCUAAACUAAUAGUGAAUGAAAAAUAAAUGUCCCUUCCUAUAGGGCAGAAUGUUUCACACUGUCAUUCUAGGAACCAGUCACUAACCUUCUGGUUCAAAUUCAGUCCAAGCAAUGGAGCAGAUUCCAAACUUUACUUGUCCAGGCUCAGUUCGGAGACACUGCUUUUAGAGCUGCACUGUUCCUUAGGGACAUAAUCUUCUUGUUUGCAUCAGCUAGUUCCUUUAAAGGCCAGCGCUCCAGGGGAGGAGCAUAAGUACCUACCCAUAGAUAAUACAAUCCGCACAGAACUAAUUGAAGUAAAUUUUCCCUUUACUGAAAAUAUUAACGGUCGUUGUGAGAAUUAAUCAUAUAUAAGUGUAUGACCUACAUCUUCUGGGAUUUCAGAGCGACGGAGCAACAUUUGCGGUGGGCUGUUUUCAAAGACAAUUCAGACAUCUUCAGUAUCUGAACUCUAUCUAAGUAGGUUGUGUUCUUUUCUGAGCAUAUGUGUAAUCUCUGACCUGCCAUUAAUUCACAGUAAUAAAAGUCUGUUUUUAAGAAUAAGCAAAGAGGCAGACUACAGCAUGAAUCCUUUCCUGUAACUUCCAACAAAGGCUCAGGUUUGUGUCACUCCAUGUAGGAGAUUUGAGAAGUCAGCUGGGGCAGAAGCUAGUUUCUUCAUGUUGUAAGUCUUAGGCUUCAGCCACUUGUUUGUAGUGAGUGAUUUUUUUUUCUUUAAUACAAUUGACACAAAUAGAAAAAGCAUUGAGUUAUCUGAUAUUUUAAUCACAUUGAGUUUUACAUACACAAACACAGGUCUGUUCAUAGUUGCAGACAAAAUGAACAAGUUUCAGUUUAGUCAAAUAUUUAAAUGCAAAUACACAAAUAGCAACAUAUUAAUUCUUACAUUGAUUAGCAAGUAUUAAAUGUACAUCGUGUCACACCCGUGACUCCUGCAUAAGCAUCGAAACCAUGAGCUGCUAUUCAGAUUUGCUGACAGCAAAGCAUUUGCUUCACACACUUAUAGCAUUCCCUCGCUCUGCAGGAAACAAUAUACUGUGAUUGCAGGGAAAAUCUGUCUCGGCAGGAAAAUUCUUUGUGCCCGAUACUACUGUAAAAAUGCAAUGUACAUGAGACUUGUUCACUACAGCCACAUGUCUAUUUAAAAAAACAAAACCAAACAAAAAUACCCCCCUCCCAUAGGCUACAAGCUUUUUGGUCCAAUCAGAAAGCAGGAUUGUGUGUAACUUGUGCUCUUAAGCUAAAGACCCCCCCAACUUUUUCUGGUAAACGUACCAGUUCAUUCUAACCUCUUUUGUACUGCUAGCACCUACGUCCUACUACUCAGUUGCAUAGCAUGCUCUGUCGCAAGAUGAGUCUUGGAGUGCUCCCAACUCCAUCUCAAUUCAGUGCAUGUCCAAUUGACUGUAAGGAAGGCAGCGGCAGAAUCCUGGAGCGCGGUACAAUGGUUCAGUGAGUUAAGAAGCCUUGAGUACCACAGUUGUAUAUGUAACAAUACUUUGGAACCAUGGUCCUAAAUCAUCCUGUUUGCUGUUAGCUUACUAAGCGACAGUAGACAGAGUAUUUAAAUUAGCAUUUGGUCCUUAUAUUUCAGUCAUUAAACAUUCUUCAUUUAACUUACACUCUGUGCUCUCACUCCACUGCUAAAAUACUACAUGUGCUGGUUGUUUUAAUCUCAAGGUACCAGAUUGUACAGGGCUGAAAACACAGCCAAUAAACACAUAGUACAGCGUGAGCCAAAGUAUGCACUACCAUUGAUCCUCUUGUUAUGGAGUUCUGUUCUCCAUGAAACAAUCUAAAUGAAGACAGUCCCUGACCCGAGGAAAACAGACUAGAGACUCAGAAUGAACUAACCUUUAAAAAAUGUAUGCUGUUAUAUUCUGAACUAUAAACUAAAGGGUUUUAUCCUAUGUAUUUUAGAGAGGCUGAAGUUUAAUUUGGUCACUGCUUCUUGCUGCAUCUUAGUGCAUACUUUUCCUAGGUAAACAUUGACAUGAGCACCUGUUUAAGGAACUCCUGAAUGCAAUACUUGUAAACCUGGCAUUUCAUGCUGCUAUGGCAUCGGUAACACACAUGGUGGCUCUGUUUUGAUUUGUGAAAAGCAUAUGCACGUUCUCGCAUGAAAAGGCAGAAUGGCAGCAUUGUAAAGACAUUAAUAGUUGUUCUGGAUAAUCAAAUAUUGUGGAGAUCUGUGGAAGGUAUGAAGAGGUUUUUAAUCUGUAACUAGUAGCUGCUAAGAAGAGUUUGGGGCUUCUUUGCUAAUGCAGUUAAUGUAAUAUAUUUAAACUAUUCAAGUUCAAUGCAACAGUAACUCCUAUCAGAGCAGUAUAUUUUCUUAACCUAGAUUAGUGCUUGUAAACACAUUCCAAAAACAGGCUCCUUCUCAAAAAUCAAAUUUAUCAAAUUGACUUGCAUCCCGUACAUUUUAUAAAGGGGGAGCCUACUAUAUUUGGUCAAAUUAAAUUAGGUCAACAUCCUAACGUCCUAUUAUAUUUUCUUUGUCCAUGCAGGACACUGGAUGACUCAGUCUAGCCUUCAAAAAUAUAGUCUUAAACAGCAUGACAGUGUAAAGACCACUGUACUUUAGAAAAUCUUUACCCAGUUUCACAUAGGAUGGGUUCUUAUUAUUCACACAUCUAGAUACAGUCUAGGAUAUAUAUGUAUGCCAUAAAAUACUCCAUGCAUAGGUAAAGCAAGACUGGAACAGGAACUAGGUGGAAAAAGCCCCACAGACUUCAAAAGUUUUCUCCUGUCACUGAAAUUAUUCAACAUUUUGUUCUCGGUAUCAGUUGUUACAAUCAAAGCAAAGGUGAGCUUUGAACUGUAUGUACAGAUAUUAAUGGAGAUGUUUGCUAUAUUGAGAUGGUUAUCAAAUGAUUUAGAGCAUUAACUUUGAAGUGGACACAAAGGAGAUUGAUGGUGAGAAGUUAAUUAGAAAAUAAAUGGGCUGGCCUGAUUGUGCUGGCACUUGGGGACAGAACUGGUUUCUUUGUUUCUCUGGCCGCAAGGAAUGGGAGGGGAGGGGCUCGUGGCAGUGGUACAAAGCUUGGAGGACAGGGAAGGUAUGAAAUGGGGAAUGUUGAGGGUAUGAGAAUUUAAAAUCCAGGAUGUAGGAGAGAGAGGGGGACAGAAGAGGAUGGAUGUCCUGAAAUACUGGAAAAUAUUGGCCAAGGAGCUUAGGCUCCAGUCCUGCAAUUUACAUUGCAUGGCAGCCUAUUGUGCUUUCAUGGCGCUCUAGUGACAUCAAUAAGGCUUCACACGGACAUUCCAUCUGUGUGUUGUAAAUUGCAGGGUCAGAGCUCAAGGAUACACUGCUAAAGUCACAAAGUCAAGCAUACUAACUCUGUGGUGGUGUGCAUUCUACCUUCCCACAUAUUACUACCGCUUAUUGUAAAAUGCAUACCACACUUUAAUUCAUCCACUGUGUUUAAGGCAUCUUAAUCAUAGGAACAUAGGAAUUACUCGACUGGAUCAGAUUGAGGUCCAUCUGUAUCUUGUCUCUGACAGAACCUCCACCAGAUGCCUCAAAGGAAGAUGCCAGCACCCACAGUAGGCAGAUGUGGUCUGCCCCCAUGCAAGUCUCAUCCAAAUCCCCAAGAAUCAGAUUGGCUCCAACCUUGCAUCUGGAGUUUUUAUCCCUUCCAAAACUCUGUAUCUUGACUGUGAUUUUAAGCGAGCAGCCUUAGGCCCCAACCCUUCCAGUACGUACAGACAAGUUCAGUGGGCGUACUUAUGUGCUUAAAGAUAUUCAAAAGUUUGCUAGAUCAAAACCUUGACAUUGCAUUACUGUGGUCUGGUGCCUUUCCAUUCCUGCCAAAUAAUUUGUCUUUGUCUUUUACUAUUAUUGUGAUGCAAUCUAAAGGGGAAGGUGACCGUUUACACUAAUAUGGUCACCACUGUUGCAAAAUUGUAAUAAAUCUUGUACAAAGGGUGCCCUGUAAGGGAUCAUUUAAAAAGUCAUAAUUUGCUGAAACUCAUUGUCCUGUUUGAAUGUAUCAUCGUUGCAUAUGAAGUUAUGAAAUGCUGAGAUAUAUUUGUAACUCAAAACAUGUUGUGAGGUUGAGAAACACCCACAGGUUAGCUCUUCAGAAUGACAAAGAAGCUGUAAACAAGGGUAAAGACACCUCAGAUGGCAUGUGUGCAGGAAGGGGCAAGCAAAGAUUUGAAAUUGAUAUGAGGAACUGAGGGCAAAGCACUUCUUCUGCCAUGGAACUGCUCAACCCCUUGAGACAGCCAGGGUUUUUCCGGCAAACAAAGGAUCAAGAUAUGAAAGGAGAGAACAAAGGCUCCUGGCCACCUCUCUCCUACCCCAUCUCUGGAUGGUGAAUUCUGACCGGGGAAGUUUUAAACAAAAGGACUGAGGUCUUAAAGCUACUCGGGCAACCCAGAGAGACUUACAGGAAACUAGCAGAUUUAACAUGCAUGCUAACAUUUUGGACUACAUUCUCUGAUCCAACAGUAAUAUGUUUUACCUGUCUUAACCUUUUAAUAAAUCAUUUCUUCUCUUAGUUAAUAAAUCUUUAGUUCAUUUA